AUGCCGAAGAAUAUUUUAGCCGAAAUGGGCUCGCAGGUGGGACUCACUCCCGCCCGCCAGAACAAAAAGGAAGCGGAAGAAUGGGCCCGUCGGCAGAGUGGUCCCAUGGUCAACCCUUCCUUCGAGCCCGAUGACUUUCUACCACAAAGUUUAUCACCGGUCAAAGAUGAGAAGAAGAGACCGGGGGACAAAGGCAUUUUCCUUGUCAAUAUGAAAGAGAAAAACCUUCAGGAAGUCGAAGAAUACGAGCCUUAUGACAAUAGAGUUGUAGAACAUCCCACUACAAAUACAGAGACCCUCCUCCAUUUGUUAAAAGGCAGUUUGGGAACCGGUAUCUUGGCGAUGCCGCAUGCAUUCUCCAAAUCUGGCUAUGUAGUGGGUACGAUAGGGACAGUGGUCAUCGGGGUGCUAUGUACGUACUGUAUACACGUCCUGCUGGACUCCUGCUACGUGCUCUGUAAGCGGCGGAAGGUACCCUCCUUAACUUAUACCGCGGCGGCCGAAGCGGCACUCUCCGAGGGACCCGACUGGUGUAAAGCAUUCGCGCCGUAUGCAGCGCACGUGGUGAACGCGUUCCUUCUCAUUUACCAGAUCGGCACAUGUUGUGUAUACGUGGUGUUCGUGUCCGAGAACAUCCAUUUCGUACUCACUGAGCACUUCAAGCUAAACGUAACCGUCUUCGAAGUCAUGCUUUACAUACUCUUGCCCCUGGUUCUUAUAAACUGGGUCAGAGAUUUGAAGUAUUUGGCUCCAUUCUCUGCUAUAGCAAACGCAGUGACCAUUGUCAGUUUUGCAAUCAUUUUAUACUAUAUAUUUAGAGAAGCUCCCACGUUGGAAGGGAAAGUGCCCGCUGGGAAGAUUGGAGACUUCCCUCUUUUCUUCGGCACUGUGUUAUUCGCUUUGGAAGCUAUUGGUGUGAUCUUGCCCCUAGAAAAUGAAAUGAAGACGCCAAAGGACUUUGUAGGUAAAUUCGGCGUGUUAAAUGGCGCGAUGAUCAGCAUCAUAAUUCUGUACGUCGGGAUGGGUCUCUUUGGAUAUCUACAGUACGGAAACAAGGCAGCUGGAAGUAUCACACUCAACUUGCCUUCAGAGACCGAAACGCUGGCAAGUGUGGUCCAAUGUCUCCUUGCAUUCGCUAUUUUCAUCACUCACGGCCUCGCCUGUUACGUCGCUAUCGAUAUCUUGUGGAACGAGUACAUUGGCGUCCGUAUGUUGAACAGCAACCACAGGAUCAUAUGGGAGUACUUGCUCAGGACACUCAUAGUACUGGUUACUUUUGGUAUUGCAGCGGCCGUUCCAGAGCUGGAUCUGUUCAUAUCUCUGUUCGGAGCUCUCUGCCUGUCCGCGCUGGGCCUGGCCUUCCCCGCCUUUAUACAGAGCUGCACCUACUGGUACUACGUGUCAGACUCCGAAAGAAUCAGAAUGAUUGUGAAAAACGCUAUAGUUGUUCUCUUCGGCACUCUAGGACUCGUGGUCGGUACGUGGACCUCCUUAGAAGGAAUCAUCGUCAAAUUUUCAGGCCACGGCAUCGUUGUCAACGCAACAGAAGCACCGAGCGCCUUCACCGAAACCAGCUUAAUGCCU